GCCUCGUGGCAGGGCGGCGGAGACUGAGGCGGCUGGCUGGGCUCUGCAGCCAGGUCCCGGGAAGCCGGGAGAGCUGACUGAUGAACUUGAGGCGGUCCCUGCUCGGCUUCACCUUUUGCACCUGUUACCUGGCUUCUCACCUCACCAACAAGUAUGUCCUGUCUGUCCUGAAAUUUACCUACCCUACAUUAUUCCAAGGGUGGCAGACACUCAUUGGCGGACUUUUGCUUCACAUGUCAUGGAAACUGGGCUGGGUGGAGAUCAACAGCAGUCUAAGAUCUGAUGUUUUGACGUGGCUUCCUGCUUCAGUGCUAUUUGUGGGCAUAAUCUAUGCGGGGUCCAAAGCUUUAUCUAGACUGGCAGUUCCUGUGUUUCUCAUUUUGCAUAAUGCAGCUGAAGUUCUCACCUGUGGGUUCCAGAAGUGCGUCUGGAAAGAGAAAACAUCGCUCUCAAAGAUCUGUAGUGCCCUCUUCCUCUUGGCUGCUGCAGUGUGCCUUCCCUUCCAGGACUCUCAGUUUGAUCCAGAUGGAUAUUUCUGGGCUCUAAUCCACUUCUUUUGUGUAGGUUCUUACAAAAUACUUAGGAGGUCCCGGAAGCCUACUGUGCUAAGUGACAUUGACCAGCAGUACUUAAACUACAUAUUCAGCAUGGUACUCCUGGCAUUUGCGUCUCACCCCACAGGUGACCUCUUCCGUGCCAUGGACUUUCCAUUCCUGUAUUUCUACAGCUUCUACGGCAGCUGCUGUGCCAGUGGAGUGUUGGGAUUCUUUCUCAUGCUCAGUACAGUAAAGCUGAGAAACAUUCUGGCCCCAGGGCAGUGUGCGGCCUGGAUCUUCUUUGCCAAGCGCUGCUGAUUACUCCGACACGCCUCCUCGGUGUGUUUUCGGUGGCCAGACUAUUUCUGCCUUUCCUCAGCUCCCAUGCCAUCGCCGGCGAGUCGCUGCUUCCCUGUGCCUGUGUUCACAGCUCCUCAUCCUCCUUCCCCACACACCACAAAGCUCAUCUGACCGUGGGCCUUCUCACUCAAGUAUUCUCCCUCUCCUUUUGGUUCUUACUCAACAUCUUUGUGUGUUCUGAAACGGUCCCAUGAAAAUAUGUGGCGAAAGAAAGUAAAGCUCUGCUACAAUGUAACUUUUAUGUUGAAAGAGUGUACUGGGAAAAAAAAUCUAAUUAUGGCUGUCUCCUAAUUAAAUCAUUUUUCUUGUUCACCGGCUAAGCUUCUGUGGUGAUGAGAACAAUUUUUCAUGGAAAAUUUAAGCCCAGAGGCAACAGCAUAAUUUCCUUUACCGUCUCUAACUGGGCUCUAACCCAGCAUGUCGAUGCCUUUCCGUGACAUCAACGGUGAGGUGUGGUGGGAACAUGGAGCGGCUUGUGAGGGGUGAGUCUUAGUGCUAAAGCAUGUGGAAACACCAACAAAGAAGCCAGUUACCCAGGAGUCAUUCGUUUAUGAACAAGAUUUUUUUCCUAGGGUCCCUAGGAGGGAAAUACUGUUCAGGAUUUGAGGGAAAAUAAGCACAUUCUGUUUUCUGUUGUCACAUUAAUUCAGAGAAGAGGGUUAAGUUCUGGGGGAUCUUGAAUAAGGUGAUGAUUCAUCUUGUCUCUGUGCCUUACGUCUCCCCCUCCUUCCCAGACCCGGAGAUGGUUUGUCUUGUCUCUAUGUGUUAUGUCCCCCGCCACACACAUACACACACACACAUACACACACACACACACACACACACACACACACACACACACACACGUGUGCAUUACAGUCUACCCCCUCCUCCUGAAACCUGGUUUCAGUACCGCCCAUCAUCACAGAGUUCUGCGUUGCAAAAAUAUGGUGGCAAUUCUGGGUUUCACAACUUUUGGCUGAAGGAAUUUGCUGCUCAUUUACUGUGGAGACACUUAAUUUCCAGUGUCCUGACUGCGGUUUUUCUGGAUGUGCCUCAUAUCCUUUAGAAUAACUAGAGUGUGAAACACGAAGGUCAGUUAUUUCUCAUUUGGGGUGUGGGGUGGGGGCGGGGUGGAUGCAGUGAUGUGAGCACCAAAUAAACAAGUUUCCAGGGAGCAGCGCUGAAAGAAGCUGAUUAACCACUCCUGAACACUGGUGGGAGUGGGGUUUGAGCCAGUCCUUCGUACAGUUUCCUCACCUUCCUCUCCCCAAAGGAGCAAAAUCACGUGACAUCUUACCCACACGGCGUUAGACUUCUUUCUCAGCACUCGAAGUUUAACAUCCGGGAGAUUUCCUCUUCUGUUCUUACCUGUGUCCAACUCUUGGGUCCAGACGGGGAGGUCAGGGCACUCUCUCCCACUCAAUAACCUCUUAAAAAUUUUAAAUAUCAUAUUUUGUAUGUGUAUAUGUGUAAAGGCACAUGCCAUGGCUCACUUGUAAAAGUUAGAGAAAAGCCCACCAGAGUCUUUUUUUUUUUUUUUUUUUUUUUUUGCUUUCUCCAUACUGGUCCCAGGGAUUGAACUCAGGUCCUCUGGUUGGUUGACAGUGUCUUUAUCCUCUGAGGCAUCUCACUGGCUGGCCCUCCAUGGAAGCCUUACCGCAUCCAUGUCUGCCUUGCUCUUCCAGAUUGCCAAGCGUUGGCUGCCCUUUGGCUGUGCUGUGAGCUGCACUUUCUUCUCUGCACCUUUAAAGUGUCAGCACUGGAGAGGGAAAGUGUGGACAGUAAUUCAGCUGCGUCUCACAGGUGCCCUGGGUUGGCUUUCUGUGCUUUGUUCUUCUGAGAUAGCAGUGCAUGCUAGAAGGUAGGUGCUGUGUGGUCUAUCCAGGAGCGUCCAUGAAGGCAUGGUCACACGUGUUCUAUCGCCUUACUCCUUUGCCUUGAGUGGUAGGGCUCAGUUGAGCAGCCCACAGCUGGUGGGCCAGCUCAGAUCUCCCUUCUGCUUAGUGAUUUGUUUUUGUUUUGUUUUGUUGAGGUGUGUGGUUUGCAUAAGAAUGGUCCCUGGAGGGGUUGGGGAUUUAGCUCAGCGGCAGAGCGCUUGCCUAGCCCUGGGUUCGGUCCCCAGCUCUGAAAAAGAAAAAGAAAAAAGAAAAAAGAAUGGUCCCUGGAGGCUCAAACUUUUGACUGCUUCAUCCUUAGGAGCUGUGCUAGUAGCAGGGGUUAGGAGACGUGGCCUUAUUGGAAUAGCUGUGGCCUUUUGAGGGAAGUGUGUCACUGGGUUGGGGGGUUACAAAUGCUCAAGCCAGGCCCAGUGCAGCUCUCUCUGCCUGUGGAUCUAGAUGUUGAACUCUCAACUAUGUCUGCCUGCACACCGCCAUGCUUCCCUCCAUGAUGAACCUGUAAGCCAGCCCCAGUUAAAUGCUUUCUUCCUUUGUAAGAGUUGCCGUGGCUGAGUGUCUCUUCACUGUCACAGACUAACACUAAGACACAGUGCUCAGUAUACAGCUGAGGCCGACCCAGAACUUACACAGCUCUUCAUUCUUAAGAGUCUUUCCUUUGUCCUGGGUGAGAUGUCCUGUCAGCAAGUUCAUUCAGCACACGUGUAGAGUGGUGUCUUAGUGUUCAACUCUUAUGAAAGAAUUUAAUGGGGGGUGGGGGUGGGUCGCUUACAGUGUAAGAGCCUUAGCCCAUUAUCAACCUGGUGGGGAGCAUGGUGGCACACGGGCAGACAUGGUGUUGAAGAAAUAGCUGAGAGUUCCAUGUCAGAAGGCAGAGAGAGACACUGGGUCUGGCUUGGGCUUUUGAAACCUCAACGCUCACUGGAAGUGACACACUUCCUCCCACAAGGUCACAGCGCCCAAUUCUUCUCAAGUAGUGCCACCCCCUGAUGAAUAAGUGUUCAAAUAUCUGAGUCUGUGGGAGCCAUUCUUACUCAAACCACCAUGAGUGGCCUCUCCUAUUUAAGACCUGUGUUAACAAACCGCAGCAACAAAGGGGCACCGGAUUUCUGUGUGUAUCGGUUUGCUCAUCUGCAAAGUAGAAAUAAUGGUAUGCACUUCAGGGAAGUGUUGCAAGACCAGCAAGCUGUUUUGUUACUUGGAGAGGACGAGUUUCCCUCACAGGGUUGUAAGGUUUGAGGUGCUGGCUUGCAUUUUGGAUUGAGUUGUGCUCUGGAACCCUUAGGUCUGUAGGGAGCUGUCAACUUGUUCUCUCACUGUUCUACCAUUCAAAGAGUUUUAAAGCUAUCACAAAUGACCAAGUAAGUAAAAUUACGAGCCAUAUUAUGCAGUUUUAAAAUACAUUACAUUUUCUCCAGAUAACUCAGGGACCCCAAUUUAUUGCCUUAGCUAACUUUAAGAAGUAUUUUCUUGGUGGGUUUGUUUACUUGUUUAAAGAGUAAGAACCUGCAUCUCUUAAAGACAGUUGGACAGGUCUCCAGUGGGAACUCAUAGCUUUCAUGUCUGUUAAGUUGGUGAUGAGCUGAGACAAAUGAAUUCACGGCCACAGGCUGUGGUGGAAAAGACCUGCAGUUUCCAAGUGCUGGAUGGGCUGCAGGGAACACUGAUACCAAACAGUGUUACCCUUGUAGCCUAGCUGUCACACUUCUGGGUGUUGCUAAACUCCACCCCCACAGCUACCUGGGAACAGCCCAAUGUGCUCCGCCCCACAGUUGCCUGGCAACAGACAGCUGUGCCUGACUAUAAAGGGGACUACGUGCCCCCUCCUCUCCCUCAUAUUUCUCUCUUGCUUUCUCUUUGUUCUCUUCUCUUCCCUGCUCUCCCCCUCUUCACUGUCCCUUCUCUCUAUCCCUUCCCCCUUCCCUCCACGUCCUCUCCUCUCCUCUUCUUCUCUCAUUAAACUUCUCCACGUGGAACCAUGUUGGCCUGAUGUGCUUUGUCCGGGCACUGACUGAGAUUUAAACCCUAACACUGGGUGUAUUCCCAGGAGAAAGGAAGACCAGGGCUCACACUGUCUGUGGGGCGGAAGUGGCAGCGACUUGAUUGAAAGGACUCUGGACUCCUUGAACUGUGCCCUUAGCAGGUGAACUUCAUGACAGGGUAUUAUACAUUUUUAAAAAGCUGCUUUGAAAAUAGUUUGAAGUUAGCGUAUAAAGUAUUCAAUUUCAUUAUGACAUUUUCAGAGGUAAUUUUUGCUGACUCCUGCCUCUCUUUCCCUCCCUAUCUUCCCGCCAUGCCCUCCCACACCCGUGUAGCCUGCUUCCCCUUCUCACAUCACAUCUUCUGCUACCCUGAUCCUUACCACCUGAUCCCUCUGCCUCUUGCUGUGAUGCUGCCUUUUUACUAUGGCAGUCUGGGUGUCACUUGGGGAAAGGAAGAUGUUUAGACCAGAGCCUUGCUGUUCUGGUUGUCAGCCACUGUCUCCUGAGCUCAGUUCUCUUAUGAAGAGAUAAGCCCAGACUCCCCAUAGCAAGGCAAAAGGAGAGGACCUGGGACUGUAUGAGGGGCUGAGGUGGGUUAAAAAAAAAAAAAAACAGCCUGCCUGCCAUUCCCUCAGGCUAAAUGUUUCAAGUAAGCAAACACAGUGUUCCAGAGCUCUGCCUCUCCCUGGGUACACCUGCUAGGGCUGGACUGGGCCUCCCAGGCGAUGGCCUCAGGCAUCAGGUUGAUGUUUCAGGUGGCUUUCCUCUGACUUUGGAGUUAGGAUUGGACACUUUUUAAAGCAAGCUUUUCAAGUUGACAGCUCUGUGGGUCCUAGCUUGCAAGGCUGUAGACGCACAUCUUUGUGUGUUGUGGGUAGCGAGGAGAGGUGGCCUGCCAGCUUUUGUGAGAGAGAACGGGGAGGGAGCAGACUCCCUGAGGGUAUGGAGUAUGGCCAACCAAGGACUGCCUGUGGCUGCUCACAUGCCUCUUUUUCUGUGUCACUAGAAGGCCCACAUAUGCCUCCCCUCCACACAUGGAGACAUCCCUGCCGAGGUCUUGUGUUAUGUUUCUUAGUCAUCAAUACUGAUCACUACUUUUCCUCUGUAUCUGGCUGUCUUUUUAAGCUUCUUAGAUGAUUCUCACCGGAAGCUAGUAGAGGUGGGGGCCUCCAUUGGUAAAGUGCUUGUCCCCCGGCAGUGAAGACCUGUAUUUUGAUUACCUCCAGAAGAUGUGCACGCGUUCAGGGUUCAAAGAAUGCAGGCAUACAACCACGGAUGGGCAUCCGUGUAAAACACAGAACCCAUGUAAAAUAAUUAAGUUGCAGUGUAGGGUGCCUCUGAUCUUAAGGUUGGGGAGCAGAGACAGGAGGAUCCCUCGGGCUUACUGGGUAGGCUGUCUGGGUCAAAAAUAGAGAUUGAUUCGGGAAGAUGCCGAGGGAUGAUUUCCGGUCGUACAUACAGGAACACAACCAUGUAACAAGUCACAGGCCGGCUGCCUCUCCAAGCAUACAGUAUGUUUCUCUGGGAUUUUUAAAAUACCUUACUAGGAGACAGGGCUUUCUAGUGAUUGUCCCCAUUCCCUUCAGUUUCCCUUGGUGGUAAUGGCAGCUGCUAACUGCCCCACACCCAGCAUUUCCAUUAACACCCAGUGGCUUAGCAUUUCCUAAGCUUACCAAGUGCUGUUCCUUCUACAGAAAAUCCCCUUCUCAGCUUUCCAUGCCUAGUAGCCGUCCUUCAGACUUCACACAGACCCCUCCCUGUGAGAGGCUCGUUCUGUGACACUCAGUACUGUACCCGUAUCUUGACCUCCACCAAGUGAUGUUGAAUCGGCUUCCUCAUGUAUGUCCACUGUUGACUACUCAGCGUGGGCUUCUGCAGCAAGUCUGGCCUUCCUCAUUACCUCUCUAGGCCCUCGUAUGAUUUCCACAAGAGCAGUUUAGCUUCACCUCAGCAAAAACUCAAAGCGUUUGCCAUUUCCAAUCCAGUGAGUGAAGACUUUGAAACAUUUCUUCUUUAUUUUUAAACUUACAUUUUAAAAUACUUUCCAGCAGAAUAAAGAAGGGUGUCUUGGUCAGUCACAAUAAAAUGCCGUAGAGUGAAUGACUUCCAACCUCUGUCUCUGUUUCUCUGUCUGUCUGUCUGUGUCUGUCUGUCUGUCUGUCUGUGUCUGUCUGUCUGUCUGUCUGUGUGCACAGGUACGUGUGUCCAUGUGAGGGUGGAGGUCAAAGGAGGCUUUGAGUGGCAGGCUUUAGGAGCCUCUCACCAUUUGUUUGACACAGGGUCCUCAUUGGCUGGCUAGGGAGCGAGCUCCAGGAGUCUCCCUGCUUCUGCCUCCCAUGUUGACAUCACGGGGGUAAGAAGUAUGCUUGAGUUCUGAGGGUCAGGCUGAGGUCCUCAUGCCUCCAAAACAAGCUCUUUAACAACCGACCCGUCUUCCUAGGAAUUAUUUCCUGACAAUGCUUAAAGCUAGGAUUCCAAGCUUUGGGGAUCAGCAGGGUGGUUUCUGCAGGGACCUGAGGCUGAGGCUGGCUGUCUCAUCCUGGAUGUUCCUGGGACUUCACCUUUGGUGUCUAUGGAGCUGGUGGGGAACAGCAACCUAGAUGGAGGGAGAACCUGGGGGCACAUGCUUUGGUAAUUAUUUAGCUGUUUUAUGUUUGGUUUGGCACUGAGAUGAGCCUAGAGCCUCAUACACAUUAGGCACACACUGCCACUGAGCCACACCCUCAGUCCUGCGUUCUUUAUAUGAGUGCUGGUGCUACCAUAGCGGCCCCACCUCCAAAGCUCUCAUCCGAGCUUAGGACUUUGGUAUAGGACAUCAUUCAGUCUGUCGUGUAGGGGCCAUAGGUGUCUGUUUACAGUUUACAGAGACCUGGAGUUGAGUGGCGAGAAAGGUAAAGCCUUUGUCAGUUCCUCAGAUGGAAAUCUGCUGGCGACUGAGGCCUGUCGGAUGCUUAGUGCGCUAAGGAGUUCUUGUGUGACAUUUAGAACUGUACGCCGUCAUGCGGAGGCUCACUCCACCCCAGUGAUGCUGACUCCGGAAUUGCUGGCUAAAGCAAGGAGGUGGGUCAAGAGCAGCAAAGGUCUCACUGAUCAGACACCAGAUCUCCGACUUUUGAACACUGACAGGAAGCUGGUCUCUGGUGCCAACACAUAUCUUGGCAUGUCUGUUAUUCCCCUCUAAUAUGGUGAAGCAUAACAAGGAAGAUGAAUUGAAGGCACUGCAUCAGGAGAUGAAACGGUUGUCAUGGCCUUGGGGAUGCAUGUUGGAUUUUUAUUAGGACUCCUUUGAGUGCAAGUUUAUCCCAUUUCUAAAAGCUGUCUUGAGGGAUUAGAUCUACCCUCUGUUUGGAUCAAAAGUUAAGAAAUGAGGACACGUUGGCCACAGGCCCUUUAUCUGCAGCAGCAGCAGCAGGGCACGACUCUGGGACUUGAGAACUGCUGGGACCUUUGAUCCACAGGACAGAGGGCUAAAAGAGUAACUGGCAGGAAUCCAUCAUUCUGUGAGUAGCUGACAGCAGAACAGCCCAGUCCCUGAAUCAAGGGUAACCAUGAGAAUGCAAAGGGCCAGGCUGAGGAAACGGCCCGGCACUCAGCCUGGCACAGGCAGGCUGCUGCUGAAUGCAGUUCCAGGCUCUCCUCUCCUGUUUUGACUCAUCAUAGGAUGGGCCAAUGCAGACAAACACCCAGAAGGUUCAAUAGAACAUCAGUUCAGUAUAUUAUCAGUUCACGAUAUUACCAUGGCCGUGAGAGAAGUGUUGGAAUCCUCCACAAGGAAGAGAUAGCAAUGUCUAAUCUGUCCAGGAGGUUUACAAGUCUAGGAGAGGGCAUGGUCGAUGGAGAGUUCAGGGUUUUAGGGCUGGGGUGUAAGUGGUAAAGUGCUUGCCUGCUAUGGACAGGGCCUGCAUUUGAGGACAAGUGCUAAGGUGGGAACAAGAAAAAGGACAGAAAGAGGGUGAGGGAAGAGAGAGAGAGGAGAGAAGAUGGAAGGGAGAAGAGGAGGAAGACUUGUUCUUGUUAAAGGUUUUGGUGCCUGAGUGCCUCUUCCCCCUGCUUGCUUGUUGGAUCACAGACCAAGAGAAGGCCCAGGAGCAGUGGGCUGGCGGGAAACAAGUAGAGUUGGAGGAAGGCAUUCAAGCCUGGCUGUUAGACAUUAGGCCUCUGUUUCCUGCAGGAGACAAGGCUUCUUGUCCAUCCUCCUCCCCAACCCCAACACUUGGAGGCAGAGAAUCAAGAGAUUUUAUUGUAUGGAUUCCAGAGAAGAAAGAGACCAAGUGUCCUGCCUUUAAAUCUCAGGAUCCCACUAACAAGUAUAAUGAGCUCAAUAGAUGUUCAGUCAGGGAGCACCUCUUCCCUCUGUGGGAACUUGGAAGACAAUGAAAGGAUGUCUGUGACAGCGGCAGAGCUUCCUGCCCCAGAGGCUGGAGUAGGAGAAAAGAGACCAAGCCACUGACAGUCACCACAGCCACACAACUCAAGUAGAAACUGUGCCCUGGAGAACUGUGGGACCGUGAAAGGCACUCUGGUUCCCUGUUGAGGAGGUUUGAAACCCUGAUGACCCUGAAGGAACGGUAGGCAUUUUGCCUGACUUCCAGGAAACCAAGCUGGUCACUAGCCCACAGCCCUCCAUAGAUCUGUGGCCAUCAGUCAUGUAAGGGCAUCGCCCCAAGCCCCUUGUAGGUAGAGGUCAUCAGGUCAGGUCACGUAGGCUCAAGACAGAUCUCCAUAAUGAGGUACCUAAAGGCCUGGAGGCUUAGCCAAUACCUUUCCUUCUCAGACACUCCUCCCUGCAAAAGGUAUUUAAUCUCAGGCCCCUGCAGAGAAGUAGGGUAUAGUUUUACUCAUGACAAUAAACGCCUUAAAACCCGGGACUGUCUCUUUUCAUUGGGAUCCACUAUAGGGAGCCACAGAGAAGGCCUUUGCCUGCAGAGCUGCCAUCAAAUCUCCUGAAGAAGGCCUCCCUAUACUCCCAGUGUCACCCACCACCAAGCCGCAGCCUGGCCCACCACCACUGUCCAGAUUUUCCCCCCGCAGGAUCAGUUGAAUCGUCUCCCCCUUUCCCCCCCUCAGCCCUGGGCUAGACCCAGCCCCAUGGGCCCCCACUCCAUUCUUAGCUCUUUCAAGGCAUUCUAGUGGCUCCUGGAUGCCCAAGAGCCUGAGAACCAGAUGGCCCCGGCCUCCUUGCAGGCCUGUGGACCCCUGAGCCAGCUCCAGCAGUCUCCUGCGGCUUCCCACAGCCUGACACCCGCCCAGCAUGGGAUAAGCGUGGUCAAACUUCCCCAAGCGGCCGAGCCCUGUGUCGGAGUGGACAUGGGACCCCAUUAACUCUACAAUGGGCACCAGUCAUAAAUCUACAGAAGAAUGUCUCAGAAAAUGGAGAUCUGUCUUGAACCUACAUGUCCUGUGAUCACGUCCUCUACCUGCAAAGGGGCUUGGGGCAUUGCUCUUACAAGACUGAGGGUCACAGAUCUAUGGAGGGCUAGUGACCAGCCUGGUUUCCUGCGAGUCAGGCAAAAUGCCUACUGUCCUUUUCAGGGUCAACAGGGUUUCAAACCUCCUCAACCGGGAACCAGGGUGCCUUUCGCAGUCCCACAGAGAACGUUCUUUUGCUCCAAGCUGCUGAACCUAAAACACUGGACUAUGAUUUAGAAAAUUAGAAAGUUAAUUAACAUUGUGAUGAUGAGUUAGUAAGAUGAUUGCUGAUGGGAGAGAGAUGUUUGGAGGAGUUCCCACAAGGCUUUUCCACAUUGCCUGCCUCAGCAUGGCAUCCAAUAGCUGCAGGGAAGCAGUGGUUGGCCAAGCCCAUGUUGAAUGCCAGUAGCCUUUAGAUCAUAUCACUGACUCUUUUCUCUUUUAUAUAAUAAAGGGGAACCUUUCAUUUCAGACUAGAGUUUUGUACCUUAUAACAGGCUAACAUUUCAACAGAAACAACCAGGAAGAAAAGAAGUUACAUGUGUCAUAUUUUUAAGGCAGUUGGAGAGCUAUAAAAGCAAUAAGAAUUGGCUGAAAUACAUUUCCAGAGAGGGAAGAACCCUCCUCAGGUAUUCUGAGAAGCAUAGAAUUUUUGGUAGGGAUGAGUAAGGAGGAAAGGUUUGUACUGUUUCUAGAUCUGAGCUAAAUAUUUGGUUUGGUCCCAGAGUACAUACUCUUCAGGGAAGGAAAAAUUAGUAGACAAUGAAUCUAUUGUAGGGUUGGAAACUGGAGGAGCCAAGAAGGCGAUUCUGGUUUUCUUAUGCGAUGCUUGCUAAAUUCUGAGGCAGCAUGCAGGCUGCGGUGUAGCCUAGAGAGAAAAAGAAUAGUUUUGGAGAACAGAAUCCUUCUAGGGGUACCUAUAAUAAAUGUUCAAUAAGUUUAGAUAGAUGUCUGAGUUUGGAUGGGGUGGGAUGGGAGACUUAAAGUUCAGAGCCUCCAGAAGCCAGACCUUUCAUGAAUAAGGAGGUACAAACCCACUGAGCUCCCACGUAUGGAGUGCCUAGGUAGACCAGAGGGAACCAACUCACCAGAGCUGCAUCCCUGAGAACCCCACGCUGCCACCCCCACCCACGUCCCUGUAGGAGGAAAUUCUUCCUGGUACAAGGUAUUGCCUUGAGGUCCUGUAGUUAUUUUUUUAAUUUUUUUUAAAGAUUUAUUUAUUUUUAUUUAUGAGUACACUGCAGCUGUCUUCAGACACACCAGAAGAGGGCAUCGGAUCCCAUUACAGAUGGUUGUGAGCCACCAUGUGGUUGCUGGGAAUUGAACUCGGGACCUCUGGAAGAGCAGUCGGUGCUCUUAACCACUGAGCCAUCUCUCCAGCCCAGAGGUCCUGUAGUUAUUUUACAAAGAACAUUCACACACCAAGAUGACAGGGGUUGUGGUGGUGGGGUAGCGAAUAGGUAAGAAUCUGUCAAUGACAGGGACAGAGCCACAGGGAGCCGCAUACUGGAAUAGCAAUAUUGGGCACAGCCUUAGACACUGGCCUAGCACAUGAAUCUCUAGUUUCAACAUCCAGCACCACAAAGAGGAGAAAA